UUUAACCCGGAAGGACACGCGCUUUUCCGCAGCUCUCCAGCGGCUGCUGGGUCGGCUCGCUUGGACCAGAGAUGGCUACGUUUUUUGGGGAGGUGGUCACAGUCCCGUCCCGCGCCGGUGUGGAUGAGGAAGAGGAGCUUGCAGCGGAGCGCGGGGAGGCUCAGGAGGAUCGUGAGAUUCGGCUGGCGCUCGAGAAGAAAAGGGAAGUUUGCAUCACCUGGAACGCCUCAAAUACAUCUGCAGAAAAAGAGUUUCCUUGCUCAAAGUUCAUCUUGGGCGUUGGAGGUAACGCAGUAGCAUUCUUAUCUUCGUUUAUUUUGAAUUCUGGAAGUUGGGAACUGGUUGGAUCUGCCCUGUUGUGGAAUGAGUGGGGCAGAACAUCAAAAAUCACCAAUCUUCUUCCAAAAGGUUCAUACUGUUGGUUUUAUCGGUCAGUUUCAGAUUCCACAGUUUUAUUGUGCCAGUGUAAUUGUUAUGUAGCUGAAGACCAACAGUUUCAGUGGCUUGAAAAGGUUUUUGGAUGUCUGCAGAAGACUGAUUUGCAAGUACUUAUUCUUUCUACGUGUCCUGUAACAGAUUAUAAAACCACUGAAUCCACUCUAACGCUCCCUUCUCCUUUCCUGAAAGCAUUGAAGACAAGGGAGUUCAAAGAUAAAGUUUAUUGCUCUCUUCUAGAACAACCAAAUAUUGUACGGGAUCUCCCAGCAGCAGUUCUCAGUUACUGUCAAGUGUGGCAAAUCCCUGCGAUAUUUUAUCAGUGUUACACUGAUACUCUCAAACUAGACUUAGUAACAAUUGAAACUUUCAAACCUGUCUUGUUGUCCAAAAUUCUAAGAAGUUUGGUGGAGGAUAUUUCAAGAAGCACAGAAAUACUGUCAAAAUUGGUGACACCUAAUGACAUUCAUAACAUCUACACUUAAAAAUGAUUUGUGAUCCUUCUUUGAUUAAGCUUCUGUAUUUGUAAGCUGCAGCCGCUUUGGAAUGUGGGGCUGGUUCUUCAGAAUUGGGACAUGCGCUAAUUUUUGUAUCAUAUACUGGCCACUUGGGAGAGGGUUAGGCUGAUUAAAAGACAUUAAAGCGUUACCUUUUUAUUUUGCACAA